UUCAGUUUAGCGAUCAAAACAAAGGCAGAGUUUCGCUUGGGCUAAGGAAGAUUAUUGUGGCUUUUUUGGUCGUAGUUUGUAGUCGCAUUUACGGUUUUAUUUUAUAGGUCAAUAACUAUGGCAAAUACUGUAAAUGGUGGUAGUCAAAGCUCCACUGAGUCUUUGAAUGGCUCUUGGGUGAAGCUCGAUGGCUCAUUUAGAAAUGGCAAUGGAGCUCAGCAUUCUCCAGUUAUCUCGGAAGAUGGGACAAUGGAAGAUCUUCUUGCCGAAGCGGUACAAGAACAGUUGUCUAAACAAGGCUCGAGUGGCGAAAAAAGCCCGUCUGGUUCACCAAGGGAGCAAUGUCCACCAGGCAACUUACGAACGGGUGAUCCAAUCCUUCCACAAGAGCAAAACACUGAUUGGAUUUGGGAGUGGUCAAGCAGAAUUGAAGUUCAACCACAAAAGGAAUGGAAGAUGCAACAUCCAAGAAGAAAAUCUAAGCCACGAGGUGCAAAAUUGAGUAUCAGAGGUACUAAAGUCAUGAGAAGUGCGGAAUUGAUGAACAUUAAUUUCUAUGUUGUUGUUCCUGCUGUUUUAUUAUCUCAUCUGAUUGCAUUUGGAAUCGGAGUUUAUGUGGGACGGCGUAUGGUUCAAGUGGAUGCAUUAUGAUGAAGUUUCAUACCAUUACUGUCAGAAUGCAACAUGGUUGGGAUCUCAAGCUUGCAACACUGUGGCAUUAACUUAAUUCAAACUUUUUAUUCAUAGCUAAUUGUAGUAUGCUUCUUAAAUGCAAUUUGGCACCUCUUUCAUUUGAACCUGCAGUGUCCUCCAGCCCUCUAUGUAAGCCAUGAUUAUUUGAUGGAAAUAGAAGAAACACAUGUGGACAGCUGAAAAUUUUCACUUUGUUUUCUCCUUUUUAAUGGUCAUCAAUCUCAAAUUCAUGCAUAACUUAAAGAUUUAUGUUUUUUUUUUUCAUCAACUGAUUAUAAAUUUCAAACCACUGGUAUUCUGACAAUUUUUUAAUUUCCUUUGGUUCUGAUUGGUCACACAUCAAGGUAAUUGAGAGUGUAAGCUUGUAGAUUAUAGGUACCAAAUAACUUGUAGAUUACUAACACAGACAUGUCUUUCAGAUGUAAGUAUGAUACUUGUGCCACACAUUGCCAACCAAUACUUGUCAAUGAGCAAUUCAUCUACUGAUUUUAAUGAUCCAGUUACCAAAUUUUUUGAUUAAAAGGGAUUGACCAAUUUCUUGUGA